AAGAAGAAGAAUCCAACAUGGCGGCUGGGAGUUGUUUCUCCGUGUCGUUCAGCCAGUGGAAGAAGCAGUGUCUGAUGAAACGUGACCUGAGUAAGAAGGGAAGCGUGGAUGAAGACAUCGUCCACAUCGUGUCUCUUCUCAAUAAGUCCCCAAAUUUCUUCACCACCAGCUCAUGCUCCGGUAGAAUAACGGUCAUCGAUCGGGUUCCAGCGAGCAUUGAUGUGCAAAAACAGAAUUGUGUGUGGCUGUUUGUCUCCCAUCAGAAGUGUAAAGCAGAGGAUUUGAUAUCUUGUCUGUUCAAGUCCAGUGGAGAUGCUGUGUUGAAGUUCGAGCCUUUUGUACUCCAUGUUCAGUGUCGGACACUGGAGGAUGCACAGUUAUUGCACUCAGUGGCCAUCAACUCAGGCUUCAGGAACUCUGGCCUCACCAUUGGCAAGAAAGGAAGAAUUAUCACGGCAGUUCGUAGCACCCAUUGCCUGGAAGUUCCUCUCAGCCACCAAGGAAAGCUCCUGGUUGAACCUGACUACAUUAAUUUCCUUGCUCAGACAGCCAAUCAGAAAAUGGAGGAAAACCUAAGACGGACAUGCAGGUUCUACCAGAAUCUACUGCCACACCUGUCUACAGAGAAUCUCCAAAAACUGCAAAUUGAUGAGGUCCCUGAUUCAUUGGAGGGACACAAGCAAGCUCCUGCUGACCAAUGGAAGACUGAAAGUGGGGGAGAAUUAGAGAGAAACAAAGCAAAUGUGUAUAAAGGGAGGAGGAAGAGAGAAACUCAAUGUGAAAUUGACUGUAGCAAUGGUGAGACAGACAGCAGUCUGCUGGAGGUCGAUGAGUGUCUGGAUCUGUUGAUGUAAAUGAAUGAAACAUGAUUUGAAUUCAUCAGAA